AAGAUUAAGGCGAAAGGGAUGAAUGAGAGUAACCAUGAAUGAAGCUCUGCGUGCAAAGGCAGAGAUGCAGACGGUUCUCGACCUCACACUGUUGCAUGGGUCGGUGACCAAUGACCAUAAUGUGGGAAUGAGACACUGAUGCACAAUUCCAAGAAAGGCGUUGACUUGUUACUGUAGUUAGCAACCUCCACUUGCCAGUUACCAUGUUAAUCCCGAGACCACCCCUUUUCACUUUACCCGGAUAAUAAUAUUCCCAACUAAGGGAAAACCUUGUGUCUUUCUACCAUUUAACGUGCUUCUCAUAUUAUUAUAUACUUACACCCUUUCAAAUUGGAACCAACAGCUAAGGCUUUUCUCACCCCUCCAAACACAAAAUUAGAAAAUACACCUAGGUCAAGACUCAAGACAUAGAUAAAUACGCGGUGGGGAACCCAAAUAGAAAGAAAGAAAAGAGGAACAUGAAAAGCUUUUCUCAAUCUAAUCCAUUUCUUCUCCUCCUUUCCCCUUUCUAAUCACUUUCUAAACCACAAUCCAUUCAUCACCCAAAUUCCUAAAGAGUGUCAAAAUGGUUACUGGGUGGAGAAGAGCUUUCUGCACAUCCAUCCCCAAAGACAGAGAACCCAAAGUGUUGACAGAUAAACAACAGCAUUGCGAGAACAAUAACACCACCACCAAUCACAGCCCCAAAAUCAGUUCCAAGUUUGGAUUUUUCUCAAACCCCUCAACACCCCGGUGCGACUCCCAAUCCCAACCUGCUUCAACCCCAUCUUUACGAUGUCGAACCACUUGUUCUGUCCCAAACAGCCCAAAACUUCAAUGCAAAACAAAGACUUCAAGGCUCUUCCAUAACUCCAAUCCCUCAUCCCCCAAAUCACCAUCCAGUUUCUCACUUCUCAAAGCCACUCUUCGCCUAUCCAAAAGUCGAUGUGGGAUCUGUAUGCAGAGCGUGAGAAGUGGACAAGGAACUGCAAUUUUCACAGCGGAAUGCUCUCACACGUUCCACUUCCCUUGCAUAGUGAAGAAGCACCCGAUUCUAACGUGUCCCGUCUGCAACACUAGCUGGAAGGAACAUCCGGUGCUCUCACUCCACAACGAGAAUACCAACAAGAGAAGCUUCAAGGUCUACAACGACGACGAGCCUCUCAUGUCUCCAACUUCCCUAUCUCGCUUCAACCCUAUUCCCGAGUCCGAAAACGAAGAAGAUGAAGAAGAUAACAUUAACACCGAGUUUCAAGGCUUCAACGUCAAUCCACUUCCCAAUUUACAAUCCUCGCCGGUAAUCAGAAGAAACCUCGAGCUAUCGUUGCUGCCGGAGGCAGCCAUUAUCGCCGCCAACAGAAACUACGAGACAUACGUCGUCGUUUUGAAGAUGAAACCGCCGCACACACCGAAGCCCGCGCGUCGCGCUCCAAUUGACCUCGUGGCUGUUCUCGACGUCGGCGCCGCCAUGUCCGGCCAUAAACUCCGCCUCAUGAAAAACUACAUGCGGCAAGUGAUAUCCUCACUCCGCCCAACCGAUCGUCUCUCCAUCGUCGCAUUCUCCGCCGGAUCCAAGCGGCUGCUCCCGCUGAGGCGGAUGACCGGCGGCGGCCAGCGGUCCGCGCGUCGCGUCGUAGACGCGCUCGCCGCCAUCGACCAAGCCAGAGAAGGCGCGCCGGUGAAGAGCGACGCCGUGAAAAAGGCCGCGAAGGUGCUCGAGGACCGCCGCGAGAAUAACGCCGUCGCCAGCAUUGUCGUCUUGUCCGAUAUCCACGAAUCACGCGCGGGGGAAUCCAUUCACAAGCAUAAACCCUUGCACGUUUCCACCACGCGCCUCGCGCAUCUAGAAGUCCCGGUGCACACGGUUCGUCUGGGCGAUUGCUCUCACGCGCCCUCCGACGAAGCGCUCGCGAAAUUCGUGCGGGGUUUGUUGAGCGUGGUGGCGCAGGACGUUAGGAUUCAGAUUGAGGUGGUGUCGCGAUCGGGCGCUGCUGAGAUUGCUGGAGUUUAUUCCGUAUCGGGUCGACCCGUUUCUCUCGGGUGGGGUUGGAUCCGGAUCGGGGAUUUCUACGCGGAGGAGGAGAGGGAAUUGCUGGUGGAAGUGAAAGUGCCCGCCGCUUCCGCUGGGUCCCACCACGUUCUUACCGUACGAUCAUCUUACCGGGACCCACUCACUCGAGAGGCUUUGAAUCCCGUGGAGCAAGCAAUGCUCAUUCCUCGUCCCCACGCCGUACGAUCCUCGUGCGCUAAGAUCGAACGCUUGCGGAACCUCCACGUCAGCACGCGAGCCGUGGCUGAGUCGAGCCGGCUCGCCGAACAUAACGACUUUUCUGGCGCUCAUCACUUGCUUUCAUCGGCUCGAGCGCUUCUAAUGCAAUCGAGUAAGCCGGAUGGGGAGUUCCUGCGCUGGCUCGAAGCCGAGCAAGCUGAGCUUCAGCGGCGCAGGCCCAGGCCCAGGCCCAGGCAAGCGCAGGCGCCUGGGAAUAAUAGUACUCGCGCUGAAGAGAAGGUGGAGCCGCUGACGCCGACUUCGGCUUGGCGCGCCGCUGAGAGGCUGGCGAAAGUGGCUAUCAUGAGGAAGUCUAUGAACAGAGUUAGUGACUUGCAUGGGUUUGAGAAUGCCAGAUUUUAGUUGUCAUUUUUAUUUUUAUUUUUAUUUUUAUUUUUAAAAUAUGAUAUUUUAUUUUGUAUAGAUAAAAAAAAAUUAUUAAUAGAGAAUUGUUUUUUAGAGAGAAAAAUGGUGGGCCAGGUAAUGAUAUAGGACAAUGGGUAGCAGACGGCUAGAGUCUUUCUGGGUAAGAAAGGAAGCGAUAGUGAUAGCGAAGUGAACCCACAUGAGUUUCUCCUCUUUUGUCUUUUUUUAUCUUCCUCUUAAAAUUUUCGAAAAUUCUAAACUUCAUGUAUGCUAAUAAUCACAUGGAUCCAAAGUGAAUAAAAAAAGAAAUUUAAAAAA